AUGCAGCUGCUCCGUGUUGCCGCCCUCCUCUUCGUGGCAGUGUAUACGUAUGAUGCCAUCUCUACGUAUCGGAAGUAUGCCGUGGAAUAUCUCCGUGCUGUUUCAACGCUGGAGGAGAACGUGAAAGAGCUGGAGGAAGAUGUGAGAGAGGUUCAGGCACUCCACCACUUGGGGCUUAAUAAGAAUAAUCGUACGCAUACAAAUGCAACGACCACAUUGGAGGAGGAGAUGGAACCACACACCAAGCUACUAGUAGUGCAGUCUUCCAACAGCAGUACUACAAAGAAGGAAAAGCCUUAUCUGGUCUUGCACGUGGGCCCUCCCAAGCACGCGACGACCUACCUGCAAUGUGUGUUGAGUGGCACCAAGGCCCGUGAACUGAUGCUGCAAGAAGAUCGCUAUGAGUACAUGGGAACGGCGCAGUGCGAAGGUGCUCACGACGAGUCAGGACUCUUGUCGCACACACCCACCUUCUCGGAAUCCAUCAUUGAAGGAGGAGUGAACCACAACAAGCACAAGCCAAAGUUGACCAAACAGUUUCUGCAAAAACUGGAAUACUUGGAAGAACACAACAUCAAUGGACUCAUCGUGUUUGAAAUGCUUGGAGGCAAUCUACUCAUGGCAUCGUCCAAGUAUCCACAAGCCUUUCCACUCAUUCUAAACACGGUCAUGGCACGAUUCCGAGUCAAGAUUGUCAUCAACUACAAAUACCUCUUUGAUUACAUUACGUCCAUGUACAAUCAACACAUCAAGCCAACGGGAAAAUACAAUGCGGAAAACAAAAACUGGCCGGGACAAGCAGGACCGGACGGAAAAAAGGGAGACUACAUCAGACCCUUUGACACGGAAUCACAGGAAGCACUCUACUAUCUCAAAAUGAUCAAACGCAAUCGACAAUCCAAAACCGCCAUUGUCCGACAGAAAUACAUUCAUGCUGGAGUGGAUCCUCGCGACAUUUCCAUCUUGGACAUGACUGUCUCACAUCAAACCGUACUCACGGCAUUGCUCUGCGAUCAUUUGCCCGGAGCUUCUGGGGCGUGCGCACACGCCCGGGCGGGAACCUUUCCCAUUCCUCCCAAGGACAAAAUGUCGGCCAAUCCGAGUUUUCCAAUCAACUACGAUAUUCUCGCCACGGCCGCGUGGAAAGACGGGUUGGUCAACACCACCAACUUGUCGCGUGGCACGGUCAUUCAAGCCAUUAAAGCGCGACAAGAGAAGCAACUCAACCGGACGCUACACGACUUUCCCAAGACAUGUAUGGACACGAAGAAAAUACAAAAGCUCUUGACACUCUCCAUUGAAGUCGAUCGGAAUCUGUUUGGAACCAGCCAGACUCGGGAAGAAGCUCUGACCCAGAAAUUCUGGGAUGGCAAGCCGACCAAGUUGUGCUCGGUCGAUACCAACGUAGUUCUGGCGGAUCCAGAGUGGAGAGAUUGGUUCGCAAAUACCACCACCAUGACAAUGUAA